GAAGGUAACUCCAUGCCCAUGUGAGCUAAUUGUGAACGCUUUGCUUAUUGCGAUUACUUCUCCUGAAGGGACGGAUGAAAAAAAAAAAGGUCUGUCUUGUAUAAAGUGUAACUUGUCAUGGCGUUCAGAUAUGGAAGAGAGAUUUGUUGAGGGGAAGUUUUUACUGGGACGUUUCGCAUUUCAACUGAAAGACUACGUCUAUGCAAUCAAUGGUCACUUCGUGAUUCUAUGCCAGGGGACUGUGCAUUCUGUCUAUCAUGUCUCUAGUACUUAUUGGGUUCGUGAUUGUGACGUGGCUGGUUUCUGUUGAGGUCAUCUUGACCUUCUCUCAUGCCAAGACAUUCCCAGUCGAGAAAGCACUCAUCAGAGACUUGCUCAAACGUUACAAUAAAGAAGGUCAAGCUGGUCGUCCUGUGGUCCACCCUUCGGACAAGAUAGUGGUCAACUUUAGCGUAUCACUGAUACAGAUCAUGGACGUAGAUGAAAAGAAUCAGGUGCUGAAGACCAACAUUUGGUAUCAUUAUAAGUGGCCAGAUUUCUUACUUCAAUGGAAUCAUUCUCUCCAUGACAACAUAACAAGUAUACGUGUGCCCCCAGAUAAGAUUUGGCUUCCGGAUAUUGUGUUGUAUAAUUUUGCUGACAAUCGACUGACCGAACAACGAGAUGCCCUGGUGGUGGUGGGCCACACCGGGGAACUUCAGUGGAUGCCCCAGGCCAUCUUGAACAGUUCCUGCUUCUUCGACACCCUCUUCUUUCCAUUCGAUGAACACAUUUGUCACUUCAAGUUCGGAUCUUGGAGCUACAACGGCGACAUGCUGGAUAUUGAUUUCAUUGGUGAAGAUCGACAUAUGGACAUGAGUGACUAUAUAGAGUCCACUGAGUGGGACAUCACAGAGAACACUGCCGUGAAGAAUACUAAGUACUACACCUGCUGUCCAGAGCCUUACACAGACAUGACAUUUACAUUAAAGUUUAAAAGAAGAGUUGCGUUUUACACUUUUAUCUUGAUUCUACCAUGCAGCUUAUUAUCACUACUUACACUUGUCAUAUUUUGGGUUCCACCAGAAUCACCUGCCAAACUACAGCUUGGCAUGAACAUAUUUCUGGCUUUUUUUGUUCUACUGCUUCUACUCUCUGACUACACGCCCAGAGCAGCUACAUCCAUACCUUUGAUUGGGGCUUAUUUCUGUCUCAGUAUGAUUCUCAUCACAAUGUCCACUGUGUUUGCGUGUACUGUGGCCAACAUGUAUUUCAGAGGAGUUCGCAUAGCAAGAGCUCCCAGGUGGCUUCGAUCAUGUGUCAUAGAGAGUGCUGCUCAAUGGCUAUGUGUCCAUGAGGUCAUAGAAGAGUCCAGGUACCAGCCCGUCACACCUAGAAAAACGUGGUCAACGUACGUCACAGGGGAGCAAAGCCACUCUGACCCAGAGACGCUGGUUGCCAAGACCCAUUUACUGAAUUGUCCCACCGGGUCCAGACAGGACAUUCGGGACUAUGGAGCUUUUCGGGAUGUGACAAGAGAACUCUGCGAACCUUCCACGUCGUCUUCAUUACCAAGUCUUGCCUUACCCUCCCCUGCUGAGGAGACUGUUCUACUGGAAGAGGUCUCGUCUGUUCGAGAAAUGAUGGAAGAGAAUCUGUGGGUCAGUGAUACUGUUGAAGUGUACAACAAGCAAGUCAGAGAAUGGCGCAUGAUAGCUUGUGUCAUGGACAGAAUCUUGUUCACUUCCUACAUAGGUGUCAAUGUUUUGGGCAUAGUUGUCAUACUGAUGAGAAGUUACCUGCUAUGACAAUACUCCGCCUCUGAUGAUUACAAUUGUAAAGAGGAGUCACAUGUUACACAAGAUGCCCACCUAUGAUGGAUGCCAUAAUGUUAAGGUACCUGUUACACAAAACUCCGACUCUGAUGGUUGCCAUAGUGAUGACCUGCUAUUACAAGUUACCGUUUCACAUGGCUGCCGUUGUGAGGAGAAGUUAAUGUUACGUAAAACGCCCCCCCCCACCCCCAGGAUGGUUGCGAUAGCGAUGACGAGUUACAUGCUAUGACAAGAUAUAUCACUUCUGAUGGUUGAUCUACUGCCUAAUGCACAUGCUAUGACAAGAUAUCGCUUCUGAUGGUUGAUCUACUACCUAAUGCACAUGCUAUGACAAGAUAUAUCGCUUCUGAUGGUUGAUCUACUGCCUAAUGCACAUGCUAUGACAAGAUAUAUCGCUUCUGAUGGUUGAUCUACUGCCUAAUGCACAUGCUAUGACAAGAUAUCACUUCUGAUGGUUCAUCUACUGCCUAAUGCAAUUGUUUUAUUUCCCUGUUCUGUGAAUAUUAAUAUUGAAACAGUAGUUAUUGUUUUCAUUAUUCAGGUUUACAAAUUUUGUUGUUGUUUUAUCAAAGUUAUCUAAUGUAUCUUUCUGUCCAUUUAGGCUAUUAUUUAUUUGUAUUUAUUUGAUAUGAAUAUUUUUUGCUGUUCCGUAUGCUAGGACUAAUCUUAUUUAUUGAAUGCCGCUAGUUUUCAAUGUCUAUUGUUCUAUUGUCUCUUGUUGAACCAAUACUUCCAAUGUGAUCUGAGGUUUACAAGUUGUUUCGUUCAAAACAUUUAAGAAAGAGCGAGGGACUCUACUAAUACAGAUCUAGCAUUGCUUGUUUUCUGUGCUUGUUAAAAAUCAGAUUUUUUUCUUCUGAUAACUAAUAUUUGAAAAAAAAAACAACACUUUCUGUAUAUUACGUGACAUACUGAUGUCAUGGUGUUAUUGUCAUUUGUUUGAAAAAUUGUUGAUGUCAUGUGAAAAUAAAGACUGUAUUUAGUGUAAAUAUAGUUUA